UUUUAAUUUCGAAAAUUGAAGAAACGAAACUACUAAAAUCCCUAACCCUCUCAGUCUCCAGUCUCAAGACUCCUUCGGCGGUCACCAUUAACACUGACCGCCCGCCGGUGCAUUUCCCAUUUUCUCUCUCCCCCGAGCAUCUCUUCUCUUCUCCUCUCGGUCUCGGACUCUCGGCUCUCACUCGUACCAUCGCCUCUCUCUGCCUCUUCGGAGUUGCAGCAUUGCUCGUUGGCCUGGCGUGUGUUGCUGCACUGUGCAAACAUAGCUGUUAGAAAGGUACUACAAAUAUGCAAAGCUUUCAUAGAAUCAUAUCUCGACUAUCGUCAACUUCUCUCAACCCAAGCACAAAGGUAGUUGGCUUUUUAAAGGAAAAAACUCCACCUCUUUCUGGAGAUCUUACGAAAGUUUUGUCAAAGGUUGGUCCCAAUGCUUACAGAGUUAGUGGAUCACGAGCAUUUUCAGCAAAGUCAGGUUCUGGAAAAACUGAUGGUCAAGAUGAUUGGGGUAGUACAGUGGGUGGGUCACUCAGUGGGCCCAACUCCGAUGAUCUUAACUGGGACCAUGCUUCUAUGUGGUCAACUGGAUUGACCAAGGAGCAUUUUGAUGGGGAGCCUGUGGUCCAUCAGACAAGUGCUACUGAUAGCGGACUGGAUUCUUCUAAAUCUUCUGUCAUUUCUGAUUUGCAAGUAUUUGAAGAUAAGAUAAAGGAACUGGAGGCAGAAAACCGUAAGAACAAGGCUUUUGUAGAGGGAUGGGACCAGAGGUUGCAGGAGAUUAGUGUUUUAUUGAAACAAGUGCAAGAGCCUGGUGCAAGAGGGUCCUACCUGAAGGACUCAGAGAAGGCAGAGAUGUAUCGCUUGCACAAGGAGAAUCCUGAGGUCUACACAGUUGAGAAGCUUGCCAAGGAUUAUAGGAUUAUGAGGCAGCGGGUACAUGCCAUUCUUUGGCUAAAGGAACUUGAAGAGGAAGAGGAGAAAAAGCUCGGUCAUCCCUUAGAUGAUUCUGUAGAGCUCUUGCUUGACACCUGCCCAGAGUUUUUCGAUUCGCAUGACCGCGAAUUCCAUGUGGCAUCUCUUCCAUAUAAACCCGACUUCAAGGUUAUGCCAGAGGGUUGGGAUGGUACCAUAAGAGAUUUAGACGAGGUUCAUUACGAGAUCUCGAAGAAAGAAGAUGAUAUGCUCUAUGAAGAAUUUGUCCAGAGGAUGAACUUCAACAAAAUGAAAAUGGCAGGAGAGGUGAAAUGCCACAAGUAUAGUAGACGCCGGACGUCCGAGGGUUGGAAAUUCACGGUGGAGAAAUUGGGAAGCAGAGGGAAACGAGGAAAUGGCGGUGGAUGGAAGUUCGUAAGUUUGCCAGACGGAUCAAGCCGACCCCUAAACGAAAUGGAAAAAAUGUACGUCAGGAGAGAGACACCGCGCAGACGACGCAGGAUUCUUCCGUGAUAACGAGGUUUAACGUUCGAAUUCUAGAAUCUUGAAAAGUUUAUGUUCACCCGAUGACAGAUAGAUAACCAUGAAAAGAAAAAAUUCUUUUCCAUCAACAGCUGUUGGAAUAAAUGUGGCGAGAGAGAUUGAAGUUUAGUUUUCAGCUGUAAAUUAUUGAGCUUAUCUAUCUUCCUCUUCAUGCUUUUUGUUUUCUUCGCCGGAGACCGGCGUUGCAGCCGGUUUGCUUUGAGUAAGAAUGGGUGUUACUUAAUUACUAUAUUCACUAGCAUUAUUUACUUC